UAUUCGAAAAGUGUUGUUAAGUGUAGAAGACAAUCUGAAAGGAAGUAGAGGAUAAGGUAGCACGCAGCCACAAUUGCGGCAGACCUUGUCAACUUGUUUGAUUGUAUCCGAUGAAUCAAACAGCGAAACACUAGACGGCUUCAGUCAGACUUCGUGACAACUUUUAAAAUUCACUGAUAUAAAAGCUUGGUUGGGAGUUUGAACAAGAUGGUGAAAGGAACUUACUUAUUCAGUGAUCUACAGUCAGCCCGGCUAUAGCGGAAAUGUAUUCAAAGUUCAAAUCACGUGUCAGCUGUGGUGCUGAACAACCACAACACCUACAAAGUAGUACGUGUAGGAUAUGAUCAAAAUCCUGUAUUACGCGGAAAAUAUGCAAUAUUUAAUUCGGGGCUCACAAAUUAAACAUUGCACAUUUUCCGCGAAACACAGGAGGUGCUUUCCAUUAUGCCAAAGAUUCCGGAAAUUCCGGUCGGAAGUCAAAUGGAAAGGUCCGUUUCUGUUUCUGUCCGACAGGAAUAUUUGGGAUCACCUCUGGAAGUGGUCCACUUAUUUCGGUCGGAAUAUUCAGACCGAAAUUCGCCGUUCCACUGUUGACAAAUCGGUUCAUUGCCCUACUUCUCUUCACUUAUGUAGAGAAUUCGGAAGAGGAAUAAAAAAAUGCAUGGUAAGAGCUACUCGUCUUGGUUGGCACCCUAUGCAAUGCUUGAUUUUGGGGCCAGCCAAGAGGAAUGGCUCUUACCAUUUUGCUUUCCAUUAUGCCAAACCGACCGGUCAGAGAUCAGUGGGAAUACCCAAGCAAAAUGUAACGACAUUUUCCGGUUAAGCAAUGCCAAUGGUUCGGGUAACAGCUACCGAGAAAACAAUGGACAGGGUGAAGCGGGAACCGUUUGACUAUCUAGGCUGAUCCCAGUCGGUUUGGCAUAAUUAAUUAAAGGCACCCUAUGCAAUGUUUGAUUUGGGGCUCGCGUAUGUGUCCGUGGGCACAAAAUUAAGGAUUGCACAUUUUGCGAAACACAGGAUCUUAGACAUAUCCCAAUGGAGAGUUAUAAGGUUGAGGAAGCUUAUUUUAACAACUCAGUUUUGAAGGAACGGCAUUUGGUCAUCGCACCGUUAGACUGAAGUCUCUGAACAUAAACUGACGAUGAGUUUGCCUCGCUGCAUGGUUCAUUGUAGGACAUCUUCUGGGUUGUCUGCGCUUUGAAGAGUCACGCCUGGUCGCAUAUGCACUGAUUAGCUGAAAUGUAAAUUAAAUGCCCGAAAUGGUAAACGUCUGAAGAAUGUCACGGUUUAAUUUCAGGCCCAAAUAGCACAAUAAGCUAAGAUGGUGGAGCCGAAAUUUAGACGCUCCUACCAAAAAAGACUUACUGACAAGCUUUUCCGGGGAGACGGAUCGUUUUUCGUUUUUUCACGUCCAUAACAGGAAGUCAUUUUCACAAUUUUCUCGUUCUUUCAAGUAACCAGAAGUUCUCAAAGAGAAGUGAAGUGCGUCCUCCGCUAGAAACCGCCGAGUCGAGCACUGUCACGGUUAUAUUGGAUCAAAAAGAUGGUUGUCGCGCUUUUCUUUGGGAAAGGAUCUUGUGACUCAAUAUGCCCUGAUGGCAUUACAAACAUCACAGCCUCGAAAGGCGUUAUCGCGUAUCCCGAGUCAGGUACUUAUGGUAUCAACGAGACAAAAUGUUGGAGGAUUGAAGUUCCCGAGACUUAUCGCCGCAUAUAUUGGACUUUUAGCAGGUAUGACAUCGAAAAAUGUGAAUCUUGUGAGUGCGACUCGCUGAGGAUUUCUUCAUCUUACGAUAGUUUGAAGUAUGUUGGAAGUUGUGGGCGAUUCAGCGACGGCUAUUUGGAGUAUCAACGUCUUGUGGGAGAUCCAAAGGAUGGCUCGUCAAGUAGUACGACGGCAUACAUUCGUUUUGCAUCGGAUGAAACCGUUCAUCACAAGGGAUUUAACUUGACGUUUAUUGCUCAGUCCUAUACUGGAGGGAGAACGUCCUACCUGAACGCAACUGAAGAUGAAACCAUUGAGUUUGGGACACCGAAAGCUGACAUUAAAAACUAUCGCUCUGGUUCCGAGUACGAGUGGUUUUUAAUUGUCCCUGAAGGGCGACAGGUCCAGAUAGACUUCGGCAUUUUCCAACUGGAGGAGAGUGAGAACUGCAAAAACGACUACGUUGAGUUCCGUGAAGCCGCCAUUGAUAAGAGAGACCCAGGAGAUCUAGAAGGAUACCGUGGUCCAAUCCUGACCGGACGCCUGUGCGGCAAUAGAAAGCCGAACACCAUACAGAGCACUGGGAACAUGGUUUGGGUGCACUUCGAGAGUGACUACAACUCUACCACUGUCUACAAAGGAUUCAAAGCCUCAUUUAAAGCAGGUCAGGGAGGAUUGUCAGUCAGGAAUCCCAUGGCACUUCUUUUCCUUUCAACUUUGUUCAUGAUUGCUUCUGUAGACGGUCUGUUCUAAAAUCUGAAUUCUCCGGUUAGCUUCGAGUGCGUUCCAAGUUAUUAACUAUAACACGAACGUUUUAGCUUUUUAAAAACUUAGACAGUAAUUUUCUCCACACUUGCCGCAAAUUUAUAACAAUAACAUUUUUAAAAACAAAAAAUUUCGAUAGUGCCUGUGUUUAAUUAUGUGUUCCCACAGCUCCGAAAUUUCAAAUGACAGGUUUAGUCGGCAGUUAGAUCGCUUUCAACAAGCUAGUUAAGUGUGACGUUUUAAUGUAUAAAGUUCUCUUUUAAUGGGA